UGGGGCUAUAAGAAUACAAAUAUAGCUAGAAUGCAAAACGAAGACUUGCUAAACAGCAACCCUCUGGAACUUAUUUACAGCAAUAAGGAAGCAGCAACCCUCUGGAACUUAUUUACAGCAAUGAGGAUCCGGCUGCACUACAAUGGAACCAGAAUAACGCCUGACUUUCUCCUGGUUUCAAGCAACGUCAGCAAACAUAAACGCCGUAAAAUCAUUGACGAUCCUGGUUCUGGUCGCGAACAUAUCAUUGCUAGUAUUACCAUCGGCAGCAAAAGCAUGACAAGAAAAUUGCCAACUAAGCUACCAUGGAACUUCAAGAUGGAUGUGAAAAGAAAAGUAUUCCCCGAGGCCAGACUAAACACUAUCGAGUGUUUUGGUCCAAACGCCUUGAAUAAACACUAUCGAGUGUUUUGGUCCAAACACCUUGAGGAAGCUAAAAGAAAGCGGGACGCCCUUCGCAACACUGCUGAUCAGUGUAAGAGGGACGCCCUUCGCAACACUGCUGAUCAGACUGGGAGGGACGCUCUUUGCAACACUGCUGAUCAGACUGGAAGCGCGACGCCCUUCGCAACACUGCUGAUCAGACUGGAAGAACAAACGCCCUUCGCAACACUGCUGAUCUGA